CUUUUAUUUUCUAUUAUCCUCUUUCGUUAAAUUUUAUCUCUUAUUUUUAUAUUUAUCAUUAUCAUUAUUAUUAUUAUUAUUAUCAUUAUUAUUAUUAUAAGACAUGAGCUCAAUGGACAACACCUACUUUGGCCCAAUAGACAUCUUCCUCCCGAUUUCUUCUGACAAGGAAGUUUUGCAGCGCUCAAAUGGCACUCGCCUCAAAAACGACAUGAUCACCCAGUCUUUGUCGUUGUACUAUCCUAUGCCAGUAAUAGUCAACCCACAAGGCUGGUUAACUACAGGUACAAGUCCGCUGCCCACACAAGCUAGCGAUUCCGCCUCAACUAUUGAUAAGCAGCCCGUCACACCCGAGCCAACCCCCCUUGUUGAUACUCCCGACGCCGGCUCUCCUUUGUUGCCUAUACUAGACUAUAUUUUUCCAUCCAAGGAUAUUUCGGCAUACUUCAGCGAAAAGCGCAGCAUGCUGUACUGCAAGAAAACCAAGAUGCUCAAAACCAAGGCCCCCAACGCCUACAUGCUAUUUAGGCUCGACCACAUAAAAAGCGUCAAGGGACAGGGUUAUUCUGCUACCAACAUCAAUGAGGUUAUUAGCAGAGCGUGGGCAAGGCUUUCUUUGUCCAAAAAAACCCAUUACACUGAGUUGUCGCGAGGGCUUCAGCAGAAGCUCAGCAUGCUGCAUAGGCAAACCCCUAGCUUGAGCAAACCCAAGAGAUUCAAGUCGCCGAUCAAGGCUGUUAAAGAGAAUGAGGCUAACUAUGUAGAUGUUGAAGUUGUUCCUGACAACCAAAAGUGGGUUGACGUUGUAGAUUGCAGAGGAUUUAUCGAGAAGAUACUCAUCUUCACUGACUAUUACAACCAAGACCACACUCCGGUGGAUUAUAUAAAAUACGAAUCUGCUGAAAUUGACUGUGGCAUCCAGUACCCUGAGUUUCUGUGACAAUUUUUUAUACAAAUAUUACCCAAGACUAUUUCCAAUUUAUUGCUAAAAUAGAAA